UGGGGAGGAGAGAUUGUCUUUAAGACAGCGCCGCUGCUCGAGCGCUACACUGACCGUCUGCCGCGCACAAUCGCCGCUUGAUCGGGAUUCUCUCCGUUAUCUCGCCGUGCUCCACUGCAGAGGAACUCCUGAGAGGAUCGCUCAUUUCAUCUUCGCUGACCCAUUCUGAGAGUAAAAACACGGACUUAACUUACACCUGUCCAGGGAGAUACUUAGUCGAAGACCAUUGCGUGUAACUCAGUGGAAGACAGAAGUUUUUACUGUCUGUAUCGUAGAAUACAGACAGUAAAUAAUUUUGUAACCUUGGAACUCGUAGCUGCUGUUCGGUGAGGAUGGGACUGUUGCUUGUCUCCAUCGCCCUCUGCGUGCACCUCGCUGUCCCGCAUCUCGUCAAAGCAGCAGAUGGUGAGGAUCCAACUUCAGCAGGACCCUGCCAUCCAAACCCUUGUCACAAUGGAGGCACCUGUGAAAUCAGCGAAACGUUCAGGGGUGACACAUUCAUUGGAUAUAUCUGCAAGUGCCCAUCAGGCUUCAAUGGAAUCCACUGCCAACACAAUGUUAAUGAAUGCGAAAGAAGCCCCUGUAGAAAUGGAGGGAUCUGCACGGAUCUGGUCGCAAACUAUUCCUGUGAAUGCCCAGGGGAAUAUAUGGGAAGAAACUGCCAGUACAAAUGUUCCGGUCCACUAGGCAUGGAGGGUGGCAUCAUCUCCAACCAGCAGAUAACGGCCUCCUCCACUCACCGAGCUCUCUUCGGCCUCCAGAAAUGGUACCCUUACUUUGCCCGGCUGAAUAAGAAGGGUCUUGUGAAUGCCUGGACCUCAGCCGAGAAUGACAGAUGGCCCUGGAUUCAGAUUAACCUACAGAGGAGGAUGCGCGUCACAGGAGUGAUAACCCAAGGAGCCAAGCGCAUCGGGAGCCCAGAAUAUGUUAAAUCGUACAAAGUGGCCUACAGCGAUGACAGAAAGACCUGGAGGACAUACAAAGUCAAGGGCACGGAUGAAGAUAUAAUCUUCCGUGGGAAUAUUGAUAACAACACUCCAUUUGCCAACUCCUUCACCCCUCCUAUCGAGGCUCAGUAUGUGAGGAUCUACCCGCAGGUGUGCAGAAGACACUGCACUCUUCGCAUGGAGCUCCUGGGUUGUGAGCUCACUGGGUGUUCGGAGCCAAUGGGCAUGAAGUCUGGGCAUAUUCAGGGCUUUCAAAUCACAGCCUCAAGCAUAUUCAGAACUCUUAACAUGGACAUGUUCACCUGGAAACCUGGGAAAGCAAGACUGGAUAAACAAGGCAAGGUCAAUGCCUGGACAUCUGGACACAGUGACCAGUCCCAGUGGCUGCAGGUUGAUAUGCUUCGGCCAACAAAAAUAACCGGUGUUAUUACCCAGGGGGCGAAAGACUUUGGACAUGUUCAGUUUGUCGGCUCCUACAAACUGGCUUACAGCAAUAAUGGCGAGAGAUGGCUUAUAUAUCAAGAUGAAAAACAGAAGAAAGACAAGGUCUUUCAAGGAAAUUUUGAUAAUGACACCCACAGAAAGAAUGUGUUAGAUCCUCCCAUCUACACCAGAUUCAUCCGAAUUCUUCCAUGGUCAUGGUAUGGAAGAAUCACUUUGCGUGCAGAAUUACUGGGAUGCACAGAGGAAGAGUGAAGACUCCUUUUCUCUGGCCCAUAUUCAAUAUAAACUGUGCUUCAAAAUGUAAAAUUUAAAUUGUUUUCAUCUGAAUUUUCAAUUUUUGUAAUAUUAUGAUUUGUUUUAUUUUAUUUUAUUUUACCCUAAAGAGGUUGGGUUCAGUCAUCUAUUAUGUCCUGCUUGUUUGUCCUUUUUAUGGUCUGUUACUCUCUUUUUUUAAGAGCUAAACGGAAGUUAAAAAUUCACUGUGGUUUAUGCAGUGGAACAAUAGCCACUGUACAGUGUCACUUUAAAUCAGAAAGAAAAAACAACAACAAUUUGACAUGCAAUGCUUAUUGGGCCAUAAUCAAACACACAACAAAAAAGACUAACAUUAACAUAUAAAAUAUCUUUCUACUUUCAUUGUAACAGCAGGCCUGUCUUAAGUUAUAUCUCCACUGACACUGACAUUGUUUUGUAGACAAUAAAUAUGAUGGUAUUGUAUUAUAUGUAAAAUGCAAACUAACUGCAUGAUGCAAAAGUGAAUAGAAGUAUAAGACAACAAGAUGUAUAAGUUCAAAUUAAACCAUUUCGUAGAUCUUUUUUUUUUUCAAUCAUUUCAAAUUUUUAUGAUCUGUUUUCUCGUACUUCUCUAAAGAAACUGUUACAUGCCCCAUAACAUAAUGACAUCCCAUAAUGAAAGCAACACUACAGUACUGGAAGCACCUAUUACAGACU